AUAAUCUCGCAUUCUGGUUUUCGCAUCAUUCUAUAACUUGACUUACAACUCCAUCUUGCAUAUCCAUUCAACUCAUCUUCAUCUAUGGCUUUCGAAAUGCAGCAACUCCUUACUUCUGGCAGGCUCCAGAAUUCCGACUUUACUACCUUACAUUCUGCCUAUGAGUCCAGCACCUCCGGCGCCGAAGUCAUGUCUUCCUUCUCUAUCGUCACUCAGGACAUUUCACCCAACACCUCCCAAUCUUCUGCAUACUCCAAUGAUUCCUCUACCCGGAAACUUAAGCGCAGGCAUGCCAAGCGCGGGCGCUUCUCCAAACGCAAGGCGGCUAUGAGUCUACUUGAAGAUGCUAGCGCAUGCGACCCCUUGCCUCUGGAUGCUAUUGCUAGCCUUUCCUCAAACUGGCUCAACCUGUCCCUCCCAGACCGCACUCCUACCUACACGGACUACUUCGUGAAUUACUGGCGACAUGCAUUAGCAAAGGAGCAGGACAUUUUGAUGGAUCAUUUUACUGCUGUCAUGGCAGUCGUCCAUGAGGAUUUACCGGCUACCUCAACCACCCGCUCGACUCAGCCUACUUUCGUGCAAUGCAACGAGGAGUCCUCGAACAUCCAAUACGAAAAUGCUCUAUUUGCAGUCACCUGUCCCUGGGACGAUGGAGAGAAAUCUUACCUAGACGACUGGAUUGAGUGGGACGAAUGGCGUCGGGAAGAUGAAGUCUAUAUCCCAACAGGCGAUCGUCAUGACUAUGGAGCGAUUGGCCAGCCACCAAUAUAUCCACUGCGCAACAUGGGCACCCAUUUCCAGAUCGUCGCACCGAAGCCGAUUCGUGCGUGGAACAGCAUAACCUGGCUGGGUCAUCCACCCGUCACACCUGAACCAGUACAAACUCCUUUUAUGGAGAGUUCCACCAUCUAUUCCACGGCGUACCACACGCACGCCGAGUCGACCGUCAUCUAUGACUCUGGCAGCGCAUCUCCCUCAUCCUACCUCUCUGUUCUUGCUGCCUCUAUACCUUCUACUGGCAGGCGUAUUCCUCCUCCAUGUGUCAAUGAUCCCCAUCCUACCACUCAUGGAACACAGGCAAUUUCUCUCGAAAGACAGCAUUCGAGAGAUCACAAGUUGUUCCAAUUUGUACGCAUGUCUUAUGAUCAAAAAGUUCUUGAGCUUGAAAGAUUAGUUGGAUGGAUGAGAUCUCAUUCGCUACGGAUGUGACUCCAGCUUACAUGCAUGAUAUUUGUUUGUAUAUUAAUUAUGGAUUGUAAUGAUCAA